AUGAAUCGAAACGUCAGGCUUACUGCAGCGACGGUUGCUGCGGGGCUCAGCACCAUCAUCGGCGAAGUUCUGCUUUCCACCGGCGCCUCGCCGAUGGUUGCGACGGUCUCGAUGGUGGCCCUGGCGGGCGCCAGCCUGGCGGCGUCGUGGCCUGCACCCAACAACAACCCGCGGGAGCACAAGGCGGAUGCAACGAGCCAGAACAUCGUCGUGGACGCGUCGAGGCAGUAUUUUCUCGUGCUGGUCGCUCUAUCUUUCUGGGGCUUCGCGGCGACGGCGGUUCUGGCGGUCCUGCUGGGUCCGAGCGCGGCCUGGACAGUCACUGACACCGACGUGGACGGGCUCCGCUCUCUCCUCCGAGCCCUGGACACAGGCACGGCGUACAUCAGUCGCAUGUCACUGCUCAGGGCGUGCCUGUGCGUCGCCGUGCUCGGGCAGUGGAGCCAGCAGGAGCGCCAGCGGACCAACGACUGCACGGGAAAGUGCACCCACGUGCCUGCAACGCCCCGGACAUCAUGGGUGCUGUCCCAGCACGUGCACUUCAUCUCCGUGAGCUGCAUCGUGGCGCUGAUCGCGGUGCCGCACGUCGUACCGGAGCACGCGGUGGCGUUGGUUCCCCUCCUCACCUCAAACGGAGGCGUCGACAACGUGACUGAGCUCGCUCUCCACCCGCUACACACGACAGGAGCUGGCAGCCGGUACGUCGAGCGGUCCGACUCCGAGUCUGCCCGGGCUGGGUGGCUGCCGACGAGCUCGAAGCUGCGUUUUGGCACUCAGGAUGGUGUUGUCGGCCCCCUCAUCGUCGCUCGACUGGCGGUUCAGGACGACGGCAGCGUCGCGUCGACUGAGGUCGUCAUGACGCGUCAUCUACGGGCACACUUCUGGCCCUUGCUUGCCUUGACGCAGACCCAGCUGCUCUUGACUGUCAUCGCAUUGUUGUUUGCGACGCGAGUCGCGCUCGAGUCGAGCGACGCUCAGCCCCUCGAUCUCCUCCUGAGUGUCCUCUCCUUCCAUGUCGAGUCCCUGGCUGAUUCGGAGCCCCAGUGCGACGAACGGCCCAGCGGAAGCGGCAGCAGCGGCACAGACGUUGCCUGCCUGCGCACCCUUCUCGAAAGGCUGUCUAGCGCGCAAGCUUCAGGAGAGUCGAUCUCGGCCGCCCUACUCGAGGCAUGUUCGUGCUCCCCGCCGGCCGUGUCUCAGCGCAUCCCGGACUACCACAACAUGUUGGACAAGCGCACCGCGGACUGGAUCGUCAACCAGUACACGUCGGAGGGCAUCGACAGCCUGCCCAAGGGCUGCGAGAGCAGCGUCGCCCGCGCGUCGAGCGUGUCUGACUCGCGUGCGGGCUCCUGCGACGACGGGGGCUUCGAUCCACGCCGCGAGGAAGCGCCGCUCGGCUGCGGGACCCUCAACGAUCGGCAGACCCUCUUCGGCAACGACAUCAUGUGCGGCCGCAUGUCGUCGGCAAGCGUCGCGGACCCGUCCGUCGACAUGCCGCGGCGCUUCAACUCAAUGCCCCCACUGCCCAGCUCGUGCUCGCGGGACGAGCCACUCGAUGACAGUCCCCGGCAGAGCGGAUGCGAGCUGUCGUUCGCGCCCGAGAGCGAGGUGUCGCCGCUGAACGUCGAGUGGGCCGGCACGAUCUUCGACCUGCAGUGCGACCAGCUCCUCGCAGGCGCCAUGGAGCUAUUCGCGUCCACGGGGGUGUUUGAGACGGGCUACAUCUCGCGCAGGCGCACCGCCAAGCUCCUCCACGUCAUCUCGCAGGCGUACUCCGAGCACAACGCGUACCACAACAUCGGCCACGCGGUGGACGUCGCCCACACCACGCACCUGUUGCUCGCCAAGGCGCAGCCGCGCCUCCAGGCCCGCCCGCUCGAGAAGUUCGCCGUGCUGCUCGCAGCAGUGGCCCACGACGUCGGGCACCCGGGCGUGAACAACGCGUUCUUGGUCGCGACGCGACACCCUCUCGCGACUCGCUACAACGGCCGGUCGGUGCUCGAGAACCACCACGCAAGCACGCUCUUCGAGGCCAUGGAGUUGGAGCCCGAGGCCGACAUCUUCGUCGACCUGCAGAAGUCAGAUGCUCGCUCCAUGCGCUCCCUUAUCAUCGACUGCAUCCUGCUCACCGACAUGGCGUCGCACUUCGAGAUGAUCAACAACCUGCACGUGAUGGCCCGGCGCAGCCGCAAGUCGCAGCUCUGCCGCACGGUCUACGCCCCCGACGGCCAGAGCGCGGGCGCGGACCGCGCGUUCGACGACCGCGACCGCCGGUACAUUUUCGCGGUCCUGUUGCACCUCGCGGACAUCGGACCGAUGCUCAAGCCCGGGACGCUGGGCUGGUCGGAGCGGGUGCUCCACGAGUUCUUCGAGCAGGGGGAUCGCGAGGCCAGCCUCGGCCUGCCCAUCUCGCCCAUGAUGGACCGGGCCGAGGUGAAGCUUGCCUACUCGCAAAUGAAGUUCGUCGAGUUUGUUCUCUGGCCGCUUCUGGAACCGGUCGUCGGGGUGCUGCCGGAGCUGACGGAGGUGACGGAGACCCUCGUCGCCAACUACCUCGCGUGGGUCGACUUGGCGGCGGAGGAGGGCUCCGCGGAUGGCGCCGCGCUGCAGUCGGCGGCACGGGAGUUCCAGGCGAGGGCGAAGGCGGUCGCUCUGCAGGGCGCUGGGGACCUUGCGCGGAUGCGGGAGGCGGAUAAGCGGGCGAAGAUCCGCCGGAGCAGCAUCGGAGCCACUCCGUUGGGCGUGAUGCGCAAUGUCGCUGCCAAACGUGUGCUCUGGAACGUGCAGCAGUAG